UUGGUAUAACAAUCUGUAACAAAUGUCAAAAUUCAAAGUGUCAUUUGUCAGUUGUCAUAUGUUAUGGAAAAAGUUUGUAAUUCGUAAAUUUUAAAACGAUAUUAUUUAUUUUAACUUUUGUAAUGAAGAUAAUCAAUUAUAACUGUCGCAAAUUAGACUGUUGAUCUCGUACAACUUCCUGUUAACGAGAGAAUAAAAAAACAUUUCUAAAAUGGUAUCGAAAAUGAACAAGGGUCUGCAAUCGUGUUCAACGCCGGAACACAGAGCAGAGUCACCGACGAGGGACAGUGAUUCGCUUUCAGAAGCGGCGAGCCCUGUACCUUUUCUUUGUACGCAAGAUGGAGCCGAAGGAGAAAAUGAUGUCGUGUGGAAUUUUUACACACCAAAGUCCGGGCGCACAGCCAAUACGGUCAAAAACUCAACUCCACUCAGCCGGAAGUCGAAACGAACAUUGAGAAGCAAACUUAUUGACAAACCUCUGCCCAAACGGCGGAAUCUUCGCUCCACUCAGAAAAACACGCAACUGUUUCAAGAUCUUAUUGAAUUAAACCAAAACUUACAUGAAUUAUUUCCAAAAAAAGCACAACAUACAGAAAAACAACAUUCUGGUAGUGAAGAUGACAUAUUUGGUAUUUCUCCGGAAUGUUCACCAAAAGGCACUAGAAGACUGAGUUCUAAUAAUUGUUUAAGGAAAAAUGUUCUAAGUUCAAACUUCAACAAACCUGAAACUGAAAAUGUUCUUGAUUCUGAUGAUUCUAUGAAUGAAUGUCUGAUAAAAGCAAGUCAGAUUGUAGAAGAUAUUAUAAUGGAUGAGAAACCUGUAUCGAAAAGGCCAUAUUAUGAAAAACACAAUACCUCUAAUUUAAUACACAAUAACUCUAAUACAAAAUUAAAAAUAAACCAUGAUUCAAUGGAUAUCAUAUUAGGUAACAUAAAAUUAGAGUCGCCUAGAAUAAAAAAAGUAAAAAAGAGUGAUUCUCCACAUCUGAAAGAUGAUUCGUUUGAUAGCAUGUUCGGCAAUUUGAAUGAUAGCGUUUUUGAACAACUCACACAGAUGCCAGUAAAAUUAGAUGUGUCCAAAAAGACUGAUUUAAAGGCUGUCGAUGGGAGUCCAAUGUCUAAAUCUUUUGGAAGACAUAAUUCCAUGCCUGAGUCACCAUUAAUGAUGGAUAAUAACAAGCCUUCAACAAGUGGAAUGGUUUUUGGACGAUAUAAUACAAUGCCACACAAUAACCAGACUGAAAAUUCAUCAGUGCUAGGAGACUCUCCUAUUCGUUGUACUCCUGAAGAAAUUAAAAGAAAACAUCAGCUAGCCAGAGAGAAACUUCUUGCCAAACGACUUUUACCAUUUACAUCAACUCAAUGUAGUACUACUACACAAAAGAACUUACCAAGUACACAAAAUAAUACUCAAUCAAACACAAAUAAUACAAAAACUAAUUUGCCCAUAACUUCAAAAGUGAAAAACUCCAAAUUUCAACCUAAAGCACCAAUAUCUCAACAAAAUAAACAUAAUUCAGAAACCAAAAUAAAUAACUUCACUGAUUUGAAAGUACUGUUGGAACAGAAGAGGCAAGAGGCAUUGAUGAGGUUGCGGCGAAGACAGCAGCAAAAUAAGGUUUCAUAGUUAUCUUAAGAGUAUGGCCAUCUUGAAACUACAAGAAAUAACUUAGUAUUAUCAAAAUCGGACACAAUGCUAUAUAAUAAUGUAUACAUUUAAAUACAUUGGUAUAAUAUUGGAUAAAGUAUGUAUAAACUGGCAAAGACAUGCAUAAUACAAGAUUUGUCAAUGUUUACUGUGGAGACUUCAUGCAAACUAUCCUAUUCAAAAGGCUUAAAUUGAUGGCUGUGAGGUCAAUCACAAUGUAACCAAAUGCAGUUUAUGAGAAACAUUAUUGGCAUUAAAAACUGCAAUGUUUUUACUUUGUGUGUUAUGUAUGACCAUUUAAAGAAACUUGCCAAAACUAUUUUGGCUUAUAUUGGUAUUUAUUAAUUGCUAUUUCAAACUAAGUCAACUUUAUGCGUAUGAUGUAAAAAUUGGAAUGCUAGUAUACAAAUAAUUAUUACUGUAAAAGAUAACACUUCUAACUAGGACCUCAUGAAUGUCUGACAUAUAAUAUAUAAACUUGUUAUGUGGUCUAACGUGAAAGUUCUGUAAUUCCUAGACAUUUGAAUUUUUGUAAUGUUUAUAACUUUCAAUGUUGUAUAUUUUGUAUAUUGUGUAUAAUUUUGUUCAAAUUAGGUUUUAUUUUAUGAUAUUAUGUGAUGGUACCCUAUGCAAUGGAUUAUGGCAUUGUGAUACUUAUUAAAUCAGUGAUUUUUAUUCAAGAUAUA